CGCCGUCGAGCAGCAGCAGCAGCAGCAGGGGUGGGGGGGCGGGCUGCUGGAGCUGGUGGUGCGGCCCCUCUUGAAGAAAAAAACUGUCUCCUCAAGUGUCUCCUUCUGUGCCUACUUUGCGCAGCUCGAAGGAAUGCAUGCAGCAGCAAAAAGCGAAGAGGAGCUGCUGCAGCUGCUGCGCAAACAAAAAGUCUCUUCUUGGCUUCACUUCUUUUCUCCCCCCACUGCCCAGUGGGUGGUCCCGGCCUUCAAGUGGGAGGGGGGGGCCCCCGGGGGCCCCCCAACCCUCUCCCGCAGGGGCCUGGGGGGCCCCCCGGGGCUGAGGGCCCCCCCCAGCAGGAGGCCCCUCCGCUGCCAGUUUGUGGGGCUCCUCUGCAGCAGGGAAGCAGCAGUGUUGCGGGUCUUGGCUGCUGACGAUGAGUGGCACCCGGCGGUUAGUGGCCUGGGGGCCCCCCUGCGGGGGCCCCCCGGGGGCCCCCUCAGCCCCGGGGGGCCCCCCGGGGGCCCCCUCAGCCCCGGGGGGCCCCCCGGGGGCCCCAGCACCAGCGGGGGGCCCCCCCCCGGGGGCCCCAGCAGCAGCGUGGCGCCACCCCCUGGGGGCCCCAGCAGCAGCGGGGGGGCCCCCGGGGGCCCCAGCAGCAGCGAGGGGCCCCCCCCUCUGGGGGCCCCAGGGCCCCCAGUGCAAGCCCCGGAAAACGGCGCUGCUGCUGCAGGCACGGGGGGCCCCGGGGGCCCCCCAGGGUCUUCAGGGGGCCCCAUUGGCUGCCUUGAUGCUCUGCCUUUCCAGCAAGCUGAGAGGGCCCUGAGGCUGGAGCAGCAAACGAGCAGGGACCCGCUGCAGCAGGAGGAGCUGCUGGUGCAGCAGGAAGUGCUGCUGCGCAAGGUGAGGCCCCAAGCGCAUGCAGCAAAGCUGGGGGCCCUCGAGCUGCUGCUGCAGCAGCAGCCCCAACUCUAUACUUACCAGCAGCAACUCUACAGCUUCCCAGGAACUCGCCAGGAGGCAGCUGUGGGCGCGCUCGUGCUGCUGCCCCUGCGGGAGCUGUUGGCUUUUAAAAGACUCCGAAAAAACUGGCGCGUGGGAGACCCUCUUCGAGUUUAUUUUUCUUAUGUGGAGAAUGGGGAGCCCCACUUGGAGCGGCCCCGGGGCCGCCAGAGGCCCCUGGGGGCCCCCCAGGAGGGGGGGCCCCCCGGGGGGCCCCCCGAGGGGGGCCCCCCGGCCAACAGGCCCGCCUUUGUUUGGUGCUCCGUCUUCCCCGCUGUACCCCUCGAAGUGGCCCAUUUGCUGCUGCAGGACAUGCGCGCGGGGCCCCUGGCCCCUCACUUAAGAAUGCUGGAGCAGCGGCAGCAGCUGCAGCAGCAGGAAGAGCAUCAGCAGCUGCUGCAGCACAUUCGGCGGCACCACGAAGAGCUCGCCAGGGAACGCGCCCUGCGCAAACAGCAGCAGCAGCAGCAGCAGCAGCAGCAGCAGCAGCAGCAGCCGCAGGAGGAGGCUGCUGCUGAGGGGCCCCCCGGUCGGGGGCCGCGCGCGCGGGGCAAGGCAGACCCCCGGCGGGGAGCGCCCAACAAAGAGGCGCAGCAGCAGCAGCAGCAGCAGCAGCAGCAGCAGCUGCAGCAGGUGCUGCAGCGCAUGCCCGUGAAGCCCCUGUGGUGGGCCCGGGGAGACUGGCUGCAGAGAGAAGUGCUGCUGUGCCAAACCCUCGGCCCUUUCUUCUAUCGGCAGCUAAUGCGGAUUCGAGCACAAGAGGAAAACGCGGACUCUGUGGGAUUCAAGCGCCGCACUGUGGUGGAUUCUCGAGGAGAGCCUUUUGAAGACCUUACCA